AUGACCGAUUGUAUCCUUUGCGGUCGCGGAUUUGCCAGCACGAUGGCGUUGGAGCAGCACAAAAAGGACUCGCCGAUGCACCGUCAGAGGUUUCCCUGCCAGAUCUGCGAUCGCGACUUUACUUCCGAAGGAGCUCUCGCACAGCAUCUGCGAGACUCACCUGUUCAUCUGCGAGACUCACCUGUUGACAACAAAGGCUUCCAUUGCCAAGCAUGUGGUCAAUCAUUCGGCAACAACAAGAGCUUCAAGACGCACAUAGAGCUCUGUCAACCGCUAGACUCAGAACUGGGUUGGAUGUUCUUCUCUGCACCACUCAAGAUAAAAACCACACAGCCAGAAAUAGUCGACAGGGCUAAACCUCAACUUCAGAAAGAGACACGAGAAGUUUUGUUGUUCCCUGAUCUGCAUCCAAGGGUCGCAGCUGCAGUCUCACCAGGCAUCUCUUCAACUUGGUUCAACGACGCUGAAAACGUUGAUAAAAUUCCCGAGCGCGAAUACUCAACCCAUGUCAUGGGCAAGUUCACAUGCGCCAACCUCAACUGUACCAAGCUCUGUUGGACCAGCAGAAAAGUUCCCAUCGAGAUCCGAGGAUACAAGGACAAUGGCUACGCUGCGACAGUGUAUAACCAGCGAUGCACGGCGUGCAACCAUCUCGGCACUUUAGAGCUGGACCAGCACUCUUAUGUGAAAAGGGUAGCUUAUCGGCUUCAGAAGUGGGCAGGCAUGAAUUUGAAGGCGCCAGUCUUCAAAACAAGAGAGGGUCCGCCGCACGAGCACUUGUUUUGUGAGGGAUGCAAGAGGGGAAAGUGCCGGGAAGGGGGGCUGCGAAGCGCUUCUAGGAACUCUGGGGUCAGAUCUGGGUUUGUCACUAUGGCUGGCAGACUGCAUGAUGUUAUCUGA